AAUUCGAUUGAUAUCCUCCUAACAUCCAAAAUGAAUGGCACUUUGUUCGGGGUGUUCUCCUCAGUGGACAAAGCGAGCGAGAUGGAUGGAGAAGAAUUCGGGAAUUGUCAAGGAAUUGGAAAAUUCCAGACGAGUCUGGAGGCGACCGUUGACGAAAUAACGGUUAGCUGGUCCUUUCAUCGUUCCGAUGGACCUGAAGAAAUCGUUAGCAAUAUUACCUUUAUAUUGAAUUACCAACUACGAGGAAGCCAAUCGAUACACAGAGUGAAGGAAGAAAGAAAACUAACAAAAGGCUGCCAGUUGAAGCUACAGAACAAAGAAGCGACGCUUUCUAACCAAGAUAUACCAACAAACAACAAAGACUGCGAAGUAUGGUUACCAAACCAAGAGAACUACGGUCUUAUAGUGGAACUCACACGACUGAAUGUGCCCUGUUCUAAGGGUUAUCUUCAUUUUAUGGGACUGAAUAGAAGCGAACAUCAGCACUAUAGGAGUCACAAGCAAUCGCAUCUUUGUGGUAAAUUAGAAGAACUGCCAGAGUCUGACAGGAGAAUUUAUUUUCCGGCAUCUCAUACACCACCGGUGAUGCGAUUGAUGAAUAAUCCUGUCUUCACUCUCUCUUACCGUUUGGUUGACUACUGUUAUAAUAUAACUUUUGUGAAAAAGAAUGGGUCUUUUGAAUUGAAACCAACCGGCGAACUGAUGUGCACCUUCAAGAUCUACUUGCCACAUGGAAAUAGAGUAGCUUUAUCCCUUCGCAUUGGAGAGUCAUCUGCAGGGAAAAUUAUCCAUGUAUUUCCCGAAACUCAGUACAUAUAA